AUGAUGAAUGAUAGAGGUUCAAUUAUUGCUCCGAUGCGAAGUGCCCAGACACGCCCUAAUGGAUCUCCUAAAAAGGAGCAGCCGAAUGCUCCAAAUGUUGCGCCAGCACUGAAUGCUGCCACGAUUCCACCUGUUGAGGAUGAAGACGGAUUGUUAAAGUACUCCAAUAAUCGGGGUUAA